AUGGAUGAAUUGAACAUGCGAAAGGCGUGCGCCAAGCUGGUCCCCAAAUUGUUGACGGACGAGCAAAAGGCCAAUCGAGUGUUGAUCGCGAGUGAAUUGAAGGAACGUGUGGAAAUUGAACCUCAUUAUUUAGACUGUGUUAUUACCGGUGACGAAACGUGGACAUUUGAGUACGACCUAGAAACGAAGCGCCAGAGUGCUGAAUGGCACACCUCGGCUUCCCCGAAACCGAAGAAGGCGAAGAUGAGCAAAUCCAAAAUGAAAACAAUGCUCAUCGUCUUUUUCGAAGCCAAGGGUGUGGUCCACAAAGAGUUUCUACCCCAGGGACAGACCGUCAAGGCUCCCUACUACGUGGAUGUUCUAGAAAGAUUAAGGAAAAGGGCCAUCCGCGUGCGAAAAUACAUCGCCGCUAACUAG